CAAAUCAUAAAAAAAUAAAAAAAAAAUUUAGAACAAAAUUGCAAGAGUGAUAAUUUCAAAAUUUAUCUUGUAACUAAUAUGUCGAUAGUUCAGAUCGCAUAUAGUACAAUAUAUCCGUUUAAAAACAUAUGAAAAUAAACUUUUUAUCCCAACAUAAAUAGUUGCACCUUCACAGAAUCAAUAUGAGUGCUUGCUCGAAGGCCAGUGUCUGUCCUCGUAAAGGAGGACCAAAAAUAAAAUGCGUCGAACUAGUGAAAACGAGUAAAAAGAAUCAAACACCAGUGAUCGAUGGAUUAGGACCUUUCCCUGAUGAGCCAGCUUUAUGUUCCUUUGAUCAUGUGUUACAAUUAUUAGGAGCACAUGGGGGUUUUAAUUUACUUGAUGACUGUACUUGUGGCGAAUGUGCGUUAUCUGUGCAGCCAACUCCCUGCCCUUCAAAUUUGGAUAUUAAUUUAGCUGGUUCUUCAAAAUCAUGCAACUCAGGCAACAAGCCAUCUUCGAUAUUGAAGAAGAAAUGCAGCGGUGGUAAAAGUAAGGCGUCUAUACCUAUUGUAGAUGCAUUGUGUGGCUCCAAGUCUGUCAAAACAGGAGGUUGUACUUGUGGAAGAAAAAAAUCGCAAACCUCAGUGUGUUCUCGCAAGGCACCAUUACCACGUUCGUUUUCUUUAUGUUCAUUGGCUUGCAGAAAAAUUAAAGAGAAACUGGGCUUUCAGACAAAUAAAGGAGGUAGUUCUAACUGGCUUUGGACUCGCAUGCAUUGUAAUAAGGACGGAUGUGAAAUUUAUGAGAUUUUUAAAAGUUCAACCGGUUGUAAGCAACCCCCAAAGAAAUGUGGAAAACCAAACCUUAUAUUUGUGGUCUUGCCCAACGGCGUUAUAAUGCCUUUUGAAACCUUAAAUACUCAUUAAGUGGCUCUGUUGGAUUCUAAAACGUUAGUAAUUUCAAUUAUUUCAUUUAUUGCCUUACAUAUAUUGUAAUAAAUUA